UGCUGCUUCAGACUCAGUGCUUGCAAAACAGCUGAUCUGGAGGUGAAAGGAGGCGGUCCCUAGUGCAAUUGACGAGCAGCACCAAGCUUGAACCAGUGUGAUGUGCGUUCUCGGGCCUCGCAAGGCUGAACAGGAGCGAUUCUGCUAGGUAGUGGAGAAUUUCAAGCAUUGGCAGAAGGAAGAAAAGCUCAAAGGCUGCUACUAUGGCAACCCAAGCAGAUGAUGGGAUGACUUCCAGAGCUGAAGCAGCAGCUGAAGGAACCGAGUGUGGGAAUGCUGGUAGCGAGGCGGGGCCUUCUGGGAGGAGCACGCUGCUGGUUGACAAGCACAAAUCGUACAUCAAAAGCUUGGACAAUGACACUGCGACCCUUGACUACCAGCUGACUGAGCAUCUGCGUAUGAGCGGCGUCUACUGGGGCCUGACCGCGAUGGAUUUGAUGCACUGCUUACACGAGAUGGACUCAGAACGGGUGGUCAAAUGGGUGAUGAGCUGUCAGCACAAGAACGGGGCGUUUGGGGGCAAUCGAGAUCAUGAUGCGCACCUGUUGUAUACGCUCAGUGCGGUGCAAAUCCUGGCGCUGUAUGAUAAGUUGGACCUGCUUGAUGGGAAGAAGAUCGCAGCAUAUGUGGUCAGCUUGCAGCAAGAAGAUGGGUCGUUCGCAGGCGACGAGUUUGGCGAGAUUGACACCAGAUUUUCGUACGCGGCCAUCCUGUGCCUCUCCCUUCUCAACAAGCUACACUCCAUCAAUGUGCCCCGGGCGGUCGACUACAUUAUGCAGUGUCAAAACUUUGACGGCGGCUUCGGUGUGGCUCCGGGGCUGGAGUCGCACGCGGGCCAGAUCUUCUGCUGCGUAGCCUCGCUUGCAUUAACAGGGUCGCUGCACCGGCUGGACCGGGACCUGCUCGGGUGGUGGCUCGCGGAGCGGCAGGUGAAGGAGGGCGGCCUCAACGGACGCCCGGAGAAGCUGCCGGACGUGUGCUACUCGUGGUGGGUUUUGUCGAGCCUGGUCAUCAUGGAUCGCGUACACUGGAUCGACCAAAAGGCGCUGCAGCGGUUUAUCUUAGACUGCCAGGACGAAGAGCGAGGGGGCAUCUCCGACCGACCAGACGACAUGGUCGACGUGUUCCACACGUAUUUUGGCGUGGCGGGACUUUCGUUGCUUGGGUACCCGGGAUUGAAAGCCAUCGAUCCCGCGUAUGCGCUCCCCAUAGAUGUAGUUGAGAAGAUUGUCCGUUCAAGAAGAACAGAAAGUUAGCACGCCCUUAGUACAGUUGCAAGUGUAGAUAGUCGUUUAUGCAAUGUGUCAUGCAUGGCAUCCGUGCAGCAAGUCGACUGCUCGGCUUUUUGAGAGUAUUUGAGCUUAUGAGCUGAGAUUAUGGUUGGUUCUUUCUCGAGUCCGACCAUCUCCAAUGACGGAGAAUGUAAGGUCGUAGGUCGCUCUGCAAUCGAUGUUAUUGUUAGGUCCAUGCAACAGAAAAGUGCGUUCCUCCCCUCUCUUGAUACUGUUCGUAUAUUGAGAAGAUCUUUUCAUUUUCGAUAUUUGCUGCCAGUAAAGGAUUGUAGACAGGACCGGCCGGUAUCAAUCAUUAGAGGUGACAAAGUUCUCAAUCAACAGAGACGUACUCUCUUAAUUGUACAACAUAGAGCCGGAG